AUGGCUCCUGUUCUAAAUUCUUCUUCAGGCUCUGUCAUCAGGCUUGUUCCUGGCCUUGUGGCCGUCGAAGUCGCACCCGUACACCACUACUUCGACAAGACCCCAGAAGGCCCAACGGAACUCGGCUUCUGCUAUGCUUUCCUAGCAGUCGUUGGCAUCGCCUUUGUCGUCCUUAUCGCUGCGGAUGUAUAUGUCAAGCACGGGCCCAAGCCGAUACCAGGAGAACGUGUCUGGUACAAGAGAAAGUUUGACAAGGCAAGGGGCGGAUACUAUGUAUGCAAGGAUACGUUCAACAGGCUCUUCGUCCACAGAAAGAAGAGGCUCGAUCUAGAGAGUGCAGCGGCGGUUCAGAGGACGUUUGACUCUCAAAAGAUUAUCGAUAGGCUUGCCGCCAGGCCUGCUACUGAAAAGGCCCCAACUAUGGUGGAAAACGCGGAGGCUGAGGAGAAGUGCACCGGACCGAUGUCGGGCAUUGAAGUCAAGGUCACACCGUUGGAUAUGUCGUUCCUCAGAGAUGGCGCCGCCGCGGAUACUGCCGCCAAAGACGGUGCUCCUAAGAGCGACAAUGCAAGCGGCAGUGGAGCAUUCAGGUUUUGA